AUGGGGUCAAACGAUGCUUCGCAGGCAGCAUCGCCAGCGACGCCCUCCACGGUGACCGACCUCAUAUUGCAGCAACGGCCGGGGAAGUCCCAGGAUGCACAUACGACGGUGUCAUCAGCGGUGCAAAGAAGCGACGGAGGUCUUUGGUCGCAGAUCACAGACAACCCGUUAUUUACGGCGGGAUUUGGUCUUGGCGCAUUAGGUGCAGGUUUGACGUUUGCGCAAAGAGGUGUCCGCCAUGGCGCAGCUCUGUUGCGUCGUCGAAUGCUCGUGGAUGUGGAGAUUAGCAUCAAGGAUGAUUCAUAUCCUUGGUUCCUCCAUUGGAUGACGCUCUAUCAACAAUCGCAACUGAACACCACCCGCGCCGCCACGCAAACCACUGGCUUCGUCGACCGUCUCCUUCACAAGAUGACCCCCGGUAUGCGUCAUCUCUCCAUCCAAACAUCGAAGGUGGAACAUUCCAAUGGGGCUAUUCACACUCAAUUCUCGCUGGUGCCGGGACCCGGCAAACAUAUACUCCGCUAUAAGAAUGCCUUUGUCUUUGUCAACCGAGUGCGAGAGUCAAAAUCCCGGGAUCUUCAGACAGGCAAGCCAUGGGAGACAAUCACCCUCACCACACUGUACUCGCAACGCCACAUAUUCGAAGACCUAUUCACAGAGGCACAUGCCUACGCCGCUCGAUCUCAUGAGGGCAAGACCACGAUAUACAAUAGUUGGGGAACCGAAUGGCGACCGUUUGGCAACCCCCGGCGCAAACGCCCCUUGGAGUCUGUAGUUUUGGAUGAAGGCGUCUCUGAGCGAGUUGUGGACGAUGUUCAAGAUUUCAUCUCCAGUGCUGCCUGGUAUCACGAUCGCGGGAUUCCUUAUCGCCGUGGGUAUCUUCUCUACGGGCCACCUGGAACGGGUAAGAGUUCCUUCAUACAAGCUCUAGCUGGAGAGUUGGACUACGAUAUUGCCAUCUUAAACCUGAGUGAGCGCGGGUUGACUGAUGACCGACUCAACCACCUCUUGACCAUCGUUCCCAACCGCACACUAGUCCUCCUGGAAGACGUGGAUGCUGCCUUUUCGAAUCGACGAGUUCAGACUGAUUCUGACGGUUAUCGUGGAGCCAAUGUGACUUUCUCUGGCUUGCUGAACGCCAUGGAUGGUGUUGCCAGUGCGGAGGAGCGUAUAAUCUUCCUCACUACCAAUCACGUCGAGCGUUUAGACGAAGCUCUCGUCCGACCGGGGCGCGUAGAUAUGACAGUGCGCCUUGGCGAGGUGACUCGCUACCAGGUCGGACGCCUAUGGGAUCGCUUCUAUGAAGACAUUGAUCUUGAAGGAGUGAAACGCAAGGCCUUCCUCGAUCGCCUACAGCAGCUUGGUCUGAUCGAAGAUGCGCAAGGUCACAAACAUGAUCGAUCGAAGAGCACGAGUGCUGCAGCUCUGCAGGGCCUCUUCUUGUAUAACAAGGGCAACCCGGAUGGGGCAAUUGCCAUGGCCGAAGGGCUCACUUUUUCCGUCCACGAUGAGGCUAUGGAACAUGGUCAACAUCGGAACGACUAG